CAUCGAUGUGCGUAAGCGCAGCCCGCUUGUUUCGAUUUUGGCGGUUCAAGCGCAGUAAGAGAUUUAAAAUUAUUAAGAGGAUCUUUCGCAAUGGAUAAAUUUAUUUGUUUCAUCGUUUUUGGUUUAAUGAUCCAGCAUGGUCACUCCCGGAGUAUGCCAGAAGAUACCGUGGUGAGUGACUACACGAAGGAGGGCAGCGGGCCAGGGUUGGACGUUUACCAGCAGAUCGCUAACAACAUUGCUGAGAGGAUCACUUCGCCUAUCUAUAGGUUCCUUGGCUACAACAACACACAAAAAGCGGAACCUACAACCAAAAAACCAUAUGAGAAAGUGGAAAUACUAGAAACUCCAUCAGUUAAAACUCUAGCACCGAUUAGCAACGAUAUAUCCAAAGAAAGAGAUGUAGAAGAACUUUCAGAUGAAGCAUUAAAAAGAGUAGAUAAGAAACCGGAGAAAAUAACAUUAUUCUCUAAUUACUUACCUGUAGGUAAUUUGGAAUUAAAUGAUACACAGAGUGAUGAUGAUUUUGAUAAUUUCGGUUUUGAUGAUGUUGAAAGUGAUGAAGAUCUGAAGCCCAGAGAACAAGGUCCCUUUGUUUUUAUAUUGGAACUAGUCGGUAGUCUUUUUCAGUUGUUAUAUGGAGCGGUGGUGUCGUUCUUUCAGAAAAGUCCUACACAGUCUAGCUAAAAUAUAGCAUAAAAUUAAUUUUAGAAUAAGCACAGAUAAUAAUA